UGUGACUCUGAUCUGAAUCAUGUGAGCCUCCUCUGGAUUUUGACACCGACGUUUACGCUGAAGAUGUCUACGCGUCUAUUCAUAUUAUUGUGUACAUUAUGUUGUUGUAUUGCCAUAAAAUAUGAACCUAACUGGGAUUCAUUAGAUUCUCGUCCCUUGCCGAACUGGUAUGACGAAUCUAAAAUAGGAAUAUUCAUCCAUUGGGGCGUGUUUUCUGUGCCGAGUUUUUCGUCGGAAUGGUUUUGGGAGUUGUGGAAAGGGCAGAAGGUUCCAGGUGUAGUUGAUUUUAUGAACACAAAUUACAGACCAGGCUUCACAUACGCUGAUUUUGCUCCCAAAUUCACAGCAGAAUUUUACAACGCCGAUCAGUGGGCCAACAUAUUCGACGCAUCGGGAGCAAAGUAUGUAGUUUUGGUGACUAAACACCAUGAAGGCUACACAAACUGGCCAUCAAAAUAUUCUUGGAACUGGAACUCCAUGGAUGUUGGCCCCAAACGGGAUCUCGUAGGGGAGUUGGCUAAUGCUGUCCGCAAGAAGCAGGGUAUCAAGUUUGGAACCUAUCAUUCUCUGUUUGAAUGGUAUAACCCUAUGUAUCUCAGCGAUAAAGCAAAUGGUUUUAAAACUCAAGACUUUGUGAGAGAGAAGACCUUACCAGAACUCUACGAGUUGGUGAACAACUACAAAUCAGAUGUGAUCUGGUCGGAUGGAGACUGGGAGACCACAGAUGUUUACUGGAAUGCCACUGAGUUUCUCGCCUGGCUCUACAAUGAAAGCCCAGUCAAGGACAGUGUGGUGGUGAAUGACAGAUGGGGCAAGAACAUCAGAUGUAAACAUGGUGGCUUCCUGAACUGUGAUGACCGGUUCAACCCAGGUGUGCUACAGAAGAGGAAGUGGGAAAACAGUAUGACUAUUGACAAGUAUUCAUGGGGUUAUCGUCGGCGGGCCAGACUGGAUGACUUUCUUACUAUGGACGACAUAACCAAAGAAAUAGCUUCAACCGUCAGUUGCGGAGGAAACCUGCUGAUCAACAUUGGGCCGACUCAUGAUGGUAGAAUUGUUCCCAUGUUCGAGGAGAGACUGCGACAGAUGGGGGAGUGGUUAGGUGUAAAUGGAGAGGCAAUCUAUGCCUCAAAACCCUGGUCUCACCAAAAUGACACGCUGUCCAGUGGAGUCUGGUAUACCUCCCAGAAGUCACCUAAUGGGACGUCUGUAUACGCUAUCGUGUUAGACUGGCCGGAUAACAACGUCCUCAAGUUAGGGGCACCAGUUGUCUCCCCUGUCUCCAAGGUUUCUCUGUUGGGGUAUAGUGGACAAUUGACCCUCACGCCUGGAGUCGGGUCAGGGGUCACUGUGACCAUACCCCCCAUCUCUAUCAAUGAAAUGAAAGUGCGAUGGGCAUGGGUGUUCAAGUUUACAGGGUUACAGAACUGAGGAAAACUUUGUUACACCGUGUCAUGUUCCAGUACACAUGUGUCUGGUACAUAACUCUACAAUGGACGUGUUUGGUAUCGUAGCACAUUCCUCCACAGGUUUACACUCCUUUAAAUCUUAUACAUAUAUAUAAAUUAUAGGGAUGGAUUUGAAACUUUGUUAAUUGUCAUAACUGUGAUAUCAGUGUGAAGGUUUUCAAUUGUGAUUAAAUAAGGUAAAUGAAAUUGUCAGACCUGAUGUGUCACUAGACACAAAAUGACGGACAAAGAUGACAGGGGUGAGGGGUGGGGAAGGAGGGAUCAACUGGAAUCAGGGUGUCUUGCUGUGACCAUUUUUUUUCUCCAUAUCUGCUUAUUUGUUCAAGAAGAUGUCUCGAGACACAUGCUAUAUAUUUAUUUUUAAUUAGGAUAAUUGGAUGAUUUUCUUGAGACUUGUGUCCCUUUCCUUCAUAAAAUUGUUCAUGAAGUAUUGCUACUUACGAUUUCCACUGAUAUUGAUGAUUUCUGGCACACAUGCUCAGUACAAAAGCAAUAUUUUUUUCAAUAGGAGUCAUGUCCCAUUUCUGAUUUCCUUGCAUUUAAAAGAAAAAAGAGCAGAAUGUAUAUUAAAUUAUAGAUUUAUUUAUAUGUAAGAAGUUAAAAUAUAUCAAAAGUUCAUCUCAGUGAAAUUUGAAAUAUGUUUUGUAGAAAUGUCCCAACAUUUGUAGCUUCUUUGCAAUGUGUGUAAAAAGGGUUGGGGUGGAAUUUCAUAUGUACAUGUCUUUAUCAGUCUGAUAAUGUCUUUUCUACAUCUUUUACAUAAUUUAACACAAGCUAUGUCACUGAAGUUAUAUCUCAGUAAUAUGGCUGAGCUUGAGGCCUGCAUACAAAAAAAUGUAGGUGACAUACCAAGGUGUCAUUAAAUGAUAAAUACAUGUGUUCAAGAUUAUAUGACCGGUAUUUACUUUGUACUAUUUAUUUUUUCUACAUUAUAAUCAUAUAUAUUUCUUACAAGAAUGCAUUUUUCAAAAAAAUAUUUUUAUAUCCGUCAAUGUCUAUCACUUUCGCAUUUAGAAAAAUCUUUUUUUAUACCUUACUUUCAAUUUGUGCAUUUAAUUGUCCACAAACUGUUUCCUUAAUAGCCUAACCUGUCAAUGUUCUACAACACUACCAGGAUCAUGAACUAUCCAGUCACAUUUUCAGUCCUGAAGGUGUUGGUCAUUUAGUUUUGCUUUUACUGAUCUUGUUGUGUGGAACAUUAUCAAAUGAUUACAGUGAUGGCAGUAAACCAAAGUAGUUGACUUAUACACAGCAUAUCAUUACAGGUUUACAUUGCACACCAAAGUUACUGUCUAAGCCCUGGUUUAGUCCUGUAUUUACAGCAUAUUAUUACAGGUUUACAUUGCACGCCAAAGUUACUGUCUAAGCCCUGGUUUAGUCCUGUAUUUUUUUCACUUUUCUUCAUACACUUGAAUGUAAAUUUAUAUAAAUUGGUCCGGUUAAGUUAUCAUUUAGCUUGUUAUGAUAAAGAUAAGCAACGCUGAACAUUAAGUUAUAAAUGUGAUUUUAAUAUCAUUUCGAUGUUGUAGUUUGACACUGUACUGUAAGCUGUAUUCAUGUGUCAUUAGUUAAUUGGUGAAACUUCUGAAUACUGCUAACUUGGUUCUGGUUUUUGAUAAAAUUGUUGGAAUGAGGGAAUGGCUUUCUGGAAUAGGUCGUUAUCUAAUGCAAUCACUGCCUAAAACAGAACUUAAUUCAGUCAUUGUCAUGGCUUGACAAACGGACCAAUCAUUCUUGAAUCUUGAUUAUUUCAUAUUUUUGGGAGAGGUAGCAGGUCAAAAGGAUUGCAAAAUUAUCCUUAUUACAUACCAUUGCUUUGUUUAAAAACGGAAAUAGUCACCUUCAAUUAUCCCAGUGAGACUAUAUGGGGAUCAAUUGUACAGUUAUUUAAUAUUUGGUGACAGUAGACACAGAGACUAUCUCAAAGGAAGACAAUGUGAUUUGGAAGUAUAUUGGCAGAUUCCAUUUUUUGCAAACUUGAUCUAAGAGUCCCUUGCAUUGUGUUGUAAUAUUUGUCUAUAAACUACAGGUAUUGAUAUAAUCAGAAGAAAAUAUGCAAUUCAACGUACAUCAACACUUUUUCAUAACAUUUGUUCUUUUGUUGAUUUUCGUUUCACAAGUUCUAGUUAGUUUACUCAACAUAUAUCAAAAUAUCUGAUUGUUAGCAUUUGUUUUUACAAAAUCUAUAUACAUAAACUAUUAAUUAUUAGUGGACUAUUUCGAUGCUUUUAUACUUUGUAUAUAUGUUGAUCUCCACAUCAACACAAUUGUUUAUAAAUUACUUACUUUCCUUGUUGACUGUAUCUGCUCUGUGUGCUCCAUACAACUGUGCUUUUUUCAUUUUUUUGCUACACUUGGCGAUUAUAUGUUUACAUUUCAUGGCACUUGUCCAACAUGAAGUUACCAAAAUGUCAUUGCAAGCCAAAACCACAAACCAUGGAACGCUAUAAUACAACUAAGGUGUGCUUCGGUAAUUGUGACAAAGCUAAUCUAACUUAAACUUGAAUAUUAUCGGCUGGAAUUUAUCAAGAGAUGGUAUGCUUGGCAUGAAUUAGAUACAUUAUUUGGAAAACUUCUUAUGAGUGAGUUUUUCUUGUUCAUGAACGAUCCUAUGUGUAUUGGUUUUUGUUGUAUUUUGGUUGUGAACGUGCUAAGAUUGUUUCAUUAAGCUUCAGACACAUUCUUUUUAAAGAAGGUGACACUUAUCAUAACCUUUGUUUUUCGCUCAUUGUAACUACUUAAUGUCUAUGCUCACAACCAGAAUGUUCCAUUCUCAGGUACGAUUUAUGAAAGUUAAAUUCAGGAUAAAUAAUAAAAAAAGAAAUCCUGUUUGAUAAA